AUGGAAGAGAACCAAGCCAUACAAGAUGAAAUACAAGCACUAGAAGAGCACCUUGAAGGGGUCAGAAAACGUGUUGGGCUGAGCUCAAGCCGUGAAGAUGCAUCUCUUGACCCUGCUGAAAGUCUAGAAGAUAUUGCUUAAACUUAAAUUGCUUAUAGAGAAGUCCCCUGCAUGGUCACAAGCUACAACUUGUCUCCCAUACCAGUCCACGCUUGCUUACUAUACCAGACACAGUCUAUCACUAUGUUACUCCUACGGGUAAGGCUUGCACUCGCUACUCAAGAGUUAUGCUACACAUCGAGCUUACCUUCCAGAAAAUUCGAAAAAAAUUUUUCUGGUCAAAUUUUCGACCAGAAUGGGAGCCCGAGCCCAGGACUUCAGCCUGGUAUCGUGGGAGGGAUUUUUUCUGAUUGGCCAAAGGGCAUCCUCUGGGCUUGCUGGGUAUCCCUUUCCAUACUCAGCUCAUCAUUUCCUCACAGGGUAAAACCUCCAGCUCGCUAUGUCAUUUUAAUCUAUAUGCUCGAAAAUAUUGCAAAAUCUCAAUUUUUUAAGCGUUUUGAGAAGGAUUCUUCAAAUUUAAUAGAAAAGGGUUAUAAGGCAUCAGGAAGGUAUGACCGAGAUGUCAGUGAGCUAGCCCACAGCAAAGAAACAAUGGAAGAGCAUAUAGAAAGACGAGAGGAACCCCUUAUAGAAGAAGAAAAUUCUACCCCAAGAAGCAGUUUAAACCAUUCCUCAAGAUCUCGGCAAUAUGAAUCUUUGGAUUCCCGAGAAAUUGAAGGGAUUUCUCAGCAUCUGAGCAAUUCUCCUGAAGAACACAGGUUCUCGGCUGAAGAUUAUUUAAGACCUUCACUAUCAAAUCCAUUUAUCCCUCCACAAGCUCAAAUGGUGCAUGGGAUGCAACAACCAGAAAUCCCUGCUGUGCAGAUGCAGAAUCCACUUAUGCCUAUGAUGCAAGGGAUGAUGCCGCCUGGAGCUCCUUCUUAUCCUUAUCCUUAUUAUCCUAUGUAUUAUCCACCUCCUCCAAUGCCAAAUAAUGACUUAUUCUCCCUCCAUGAUUGAACAAAGAAAAUGUAUAUAUAAAUUUUAAGUAAACUUAUUUUUUCGAAAUUUUAAAAAUUCCCAAUUCGCAAGAAUUGGAAAGCAAAUAUUAAUUUAAUUUGAAAAAUUUAUGUAUUAAAACGCAAGUUAUUAAAAUUAAACAGAAUUAGCUAGAGAUUUCAUGAUACUAGUUAUCACUUAUAUAUCAAAUUUUUUUCAUAAAAAUUUUUAAUAUUAAAACAUUUUGUUCGCUCAGAGGGUUUUUUUUACAAAAAUAAUGACUUUUCCAAUGGUUUAAUUCACUCACGGAGGGAGGAUUUAGCAUAUCGCCAACAAAUAGAAUCCUUACAAGCACAAAUAAAUGGCCAAUCACAAUAUAUUCAAAAUUUAUUAGCAAGGCACCAGGACGAAAUAGAAACAUUAAAAAGAAAUUACCAAGAAAAUUUAGCGGGAAAAGAUAAGAAAAUUUCUCAAUUAUCAAAAACUAUUGAAAGUGAUAAAUUGUAUAUUAGUGAAUUAGAAGAGCAGAGUAGAAAUUCUGGGGACAAAAAUAUUAAUGAUUAUUCAGAUUUUAAAGAAAAAAUUGAAGCUCUAGAAAAUUUGAAUGAAAAGUUGAAAAAUCAGCUGGAAAUAGAAAGAGAAAAAAAAGUCCAAGAAAAGUCAGGAAAUUUUGAAAAUGAUUAUGUAGGGUUGAAGCAGAAAAAUGUGGAGCUUAAUAAAGAAUUGUCAUUAGAGCAAGCUAAAUAUGAUAAUUUGUUAGACAGAUUUAAUGCAAAUAAAUCAAAAUUAGCAAUUUUACAAAAAGAGCUUGAAAAAUCUGAUGAAAAAAUCCUGCACCUGCAAAAUGAAUUAUUGGAAGCAAAAAACUUAAUAGCAGGUGCUUCAAAGCAAAAAAACCAAGAAACAGAACGGCUUAAGAGAGAAGUUGUUUACCUUACAAAAACCUUAGAAAACCUUACUCCUCCCUCCCCUCCGUGAGUGAACAAAUCAUUAGAAAAAUCCUAUUUUUUGCCCAAAAACCCACCUCCGUGAGUGAACAAAAUUUUUUUAUGAAAAAAUUUUUGAUAUAUAAAUGAUAGUUACUAUAAUGAAAUCUAUAAGUAAUUCUGUUUAAUUUUAAACGAAUUGUUUUUUAAAACAUAAAUUUUAUAAAUUAAAUUAACAUUUGCUUUCCAAUUUUUGCGAAUUAGGAUUUUUUUUAAAACUUCGAAAAAUAAUAUUUUUUAUAAGAUUUAGAUAUAAAUAUUUUAACAAAAAAAUUAACCCCCCUUCGUAAGUGAACAAAAUUUUUUUGUUCACUCACGAAGGGGGGAGUUAAUAAAAGACCAGAACCAGGCGAAAUCAGCAAACUAAGACAGCAGCUAUUAGAGUCUCAAAGAGAAAUAGAAGAACUAAAAGAGCUGCUGAUGCCUAAAGAAUCAAGGCAUUAUCAGCAUCCUCAUGACGAUUAUGAAGAAUAUCAAGAUGAGUACAAAAUCCCUGACAAAAGAUACGAAGAAAGCUCUCCUUACUACGAAGAAAACUACAGUCCUAGCCAGCAUAGGAUUUCAAAUGCACAGCCAAGAGAGCAGCCAAGUCAGCCUCGGAUAUCAGAGCGGCCUUCAGGAAGACGCCGUGGCUCAAAAUCUAUUCCUGUCAUGCUAAAUUUGUAUAAUAAUUAUUUAUUUUUUUUAAAAAAAAUAUACGCUAUAAAAAUACCAUAAUAUUUCCACUCAUGUAGGGAAUGUAUUGAAUUGGGAAAAUCAGCUAGAUGAGCCAUCCUUAAAAGAAUCACCAGUCACAAAAUCGAUUUUAGACCCAAUUUUAGAAAUAGAAAACACACUAAUGAACUUACAAUUAGACAAACAGCGCCUGGAAUCAGAAUAUUCAAAGCUGCCAGCUCAUUCAAAAAGUAGAGCUAGUAAGCUUAGAAGAGAUCAAAUUGAAGAAGAGCUGAGCGUGGUUGACAGAAAUAUCAGCAACCUAAAAAGCAAACUGCGAGGUAUGCAUGCUUUGCGUUAA